AUGGCUGACGAACAUCGUCAGCCGCACCAGUCACCCAAUGCGCCCGUAGAGGGGUCGCAGGGUGACCAUCUCUACGACAGCCAUGUCGUGUCUUCGGACCAGACCUUGGCGUCAGACUCAACCAGUGUAUCUGACUCGUCCGUGGAAGGCCGAUGGGGCGAACGCGAUCAGGGGGAACCCGUCUCCCGUCGCGCGGCCAUGGAGGACUUCGAGGAGAUGAAACGAGAUUUGACCCGACUCAGUCUUCACAAGACUCGUUCGACCACCCGGGAAGGCUCCCGACUACAGCACCGCGUAUCAGGCCGCGCCAGCCACGCGCGUGAUGAAGAAAAGGCUCUCGACGAAGAGGAUGAUUCCACUAUCGCGGACGAGUACCAGGGGGGCUUCGAUCUCAGCGAGUUCCUGAUGGGUGGCCAUCUGGAGCGACGUACCACGGCGGGAGAACCCGCCAAGAAAAUCGGCGUGGUCUUCAAAAACGUUACAGUAAAGGGCGUCGAGACGGGUGCUUCGUUCGUUCGCACUCUCCCAGAUGCUAUCAUUGGUACCUUUGGCCCGGACCUGUACAAGCUCGUGUGUCGGUUCGUUCCGCAACUUCAUUUUGGCAAGCCGCCCCCCGUGAGAAACUUGCUGCAUGACUUCAGCGGAGCCAUCCGCGAAGGUGAAAUGAUGUUGGUCCUGGGCCGCCCCGGCGCGGGCUGCUCGACCUUCCUGAAGACAAUCGCGAAUGAUCGAGAGGCGUUCGCCGGUGUCGAGGGUGAAAUCAGCUACGGAGGCCUGUCCGCUAAAGAACAGCAUAAACACUUCCGUGGUGAGGUCAACUACAACCAGGAAGAUGACCAGCACUUCCCCAAUCUCACUGUCUGGCAGACCUUGAAGUUCUCUCUGAUUAACAAGACCAGGAAGCACGACAAGGACAGCAUCCCGAUCAUCAUCGAUGCCCUGCUGAAAAUGUUCGGCAUCACCCACACCAAGAACACCCUCGUUGGGAACGAGUACGUCCGUGGUGUCUCGGGUGGUGAGAGGAAGCGUGUCAGUAUCGCCGAGACCCUUGCAACCAAAUCGUCGGUUGUCUGCUGGGAUAACUCUACCCGCGGUCUCGAUGCCAGUACCGCUCUCGAUUACGCCAAGUCCCUUCGGAUCAUGACCGACGUCAGCAAGCGGACCACCUUGGUCACUUUGUACCAGGCAGGCGAGAGUAUUUACGAGCUGAUGGACAAGGUUUUGGUCAUCGACGAGGGUCGUAUGCUCUACCAGGGACCUGCCAAUGAGGCCAAGGAGUAUUUUGUGAAUCUCGGAUUCUACUGCCCGGAACAGUCCACCACGGCUGAUUUCCUCACUUCCCUCUGUGACCCGAAUGCGCGCCAAUUCCAGCCCGGCCGCGAGGCAUCCACCCCCAAGACCGCCCAGGAGUUGGAGGCCGUCUUCAAGCAGAGUGAGGCAUACAAGCGCAUUUGGAACGACGUUUGCACCUACGAACAACGUCUUCAGGACACCAACCAGGAAGACACCCUCCGCUUCCAGAAAUCGGUUGCUCAGUCUAAGAGUAAAACGGUCUCCAAGAAGUCGCCGUAUACCGUCUCCCUCUUCCGUCAGGUUAUGGCUUGUGUGCAGCGCGAAUUUUGGCUCUUGUGGGGUGACAAGACUUCUCUCUACACCAAGUAUUUUAUCAUCGUCUCUAACGCUCUUAUCGUCUCUUCUCUGUUCUAUGGUGAAUCUCUGGAUACAAGCGGCGCCUUCGCUCGUGGUGGUGCCUUGUUCUUUUCGAUUCUCUUUCUCGGUUGGUUGCAGUUGACUGAACUGAUGCCCGCGGUCUCCGGCCGUGGAAUCGUUGCGCGCCACAAAGACUACGCUUUCUACCGGCCAUCUGCCGUCUCAAUCGCCCGAGUGGUAGUGGAUUUCCCGGCCAUCUUCUGCAUGGUCGUGCCGUUCACAAUCAUCGUCUAUUUCUUGACUGAAUUGGACGUGGAUGUUUCCAAAUUUUUCAUCUACUUCUUGUUCGUAUACACGACUACCUUUGCGAUCACCUCGCUGUACCGCAUGUUCGCCGCUUUGUCCCCUUCCAUCGAUGAUGCUGUGCGAUUCAGCGGUAUUGCCCUCAACAUCUUAAUUCUGUUCGUCGGUUACGUUAUCCCCAAGCAGGAUCUCAUCAAUGGAUCGAUCUGGUUUGGGUGGUUGUUCUACGUGAACCCGAUCUCGUACAGUUACGAAGCCGUUCUUUCUAACGAGUUCUCCAACCGUGUCAUGGAGUGUGCGCCUUCUCAAUUGGUCCCCCAGGGUCCGGGCGUAGACCCGAGAUACCAGGGCUGUGCGCUUACGGGUUCUGAGCUUGGCCAGACGAACGUCUCCGGCAGUCGGUACCUUGAGGAGACCUUCCAGUUCACUCGGCACCAUCUGUGGCGCAACUUCGGUGUUGUCAUCGCCUUUACGGUCUUGUAUCUUUUGGUGACUGUCGUUGCUGCUGAGGUUCUCUCGUUCGUUGGCGGCGGUGGCGGUGCCUUGGUGUUCAAGCGCUCCAGUCGUGCCAAGAAGAUGAAGACGCAAUCCGGCAAGGCCAACGAUGAGGAGAAGGUCCAGAGUGUAAAUGACAAUGCGGCGCUCUCGCGUGGAGAGGCUCAGUCGUCUAGCAGUCCUGAAACUUUCAACCGUAUUUCGUCUAGUGAUCGGAUCUUCACUUGGUCGAAUGUCGAGUAUACCGUGCCCUAUGGAAACGGAACCAGGAAGCUUCUGAAUGGCGUCAAUGGAUACGCGAAGCCCGGUCUUAUGAUUGCGUUGAUGGGUGCUUCUGGUGCCGGAAAGACGACCCUUCUCAACACUUUGGCUCAGCGUCAGAAGAUGGGCGUUGUCACCGGUGAUAUGCUUGUUGACGGACACCCUCUGGGAACUGAUUUCCAAAGAGGAACUGGUUUCUGUGAACAGAUGGAUCUCCACGACAAUACUUCGACUAUUCGUGAGGCUUUCGAGUUCUCUGCCCUUCUCCGACAGGAUCGAAAUGUUCCGCGGCAAGAGAAGCUGGACUACGUUGAUCAGAUCAUCGACCUUUUGGAGCUUGAGGAUAUUCAAGACGCAAUCAUCGGUUCGCUGAACGUCGAGCAGAAGAAGAGAGUCACCAUUGGUGUUGAGCUCGCUGCUAAGCCUAGUCUGCUUCUCUUCCUCGAUGAGCCUACCAGCGGUCUCGACAGCCAGGCUGCCUUUUCGAUUGUGAGAUUCUUGAAGAAACUCUCCCAAGCUGGACAGGCUAUUGUGUGCACCAUUCACCAGCCCUCGUCCAUGCUGAUCCAGCAAUUCGACAUGAUCCUGGCCCUGAACCCUGGUGGUAACACGUUCUACUUUGGCCCCGUGGGCAAGGGCGGACGUGAUGUGAUCAAGUACUUCGCCGACCGCGGGGUGGUCUGCCCUCCAUCCAAGAAUGUCGCGGAGUUCAUUCUCGAGACCGCAGCAAAGGCGACCAAGAAGGACGGCACGGCCUUCGACUGGAACGAGGAGUGGCGCAACUCUGAACAGAACCGCAAGAUCCUGGACGAAAUCCAGCAAAUCCGGGACGAGCGCAGCAAAAUCCCCAUAGAGGAGAAUGCCGUGCAGUACGAGUUCGCUGCUCCCACUUGGGUGCAGACCCGUCUGCUCACGGAACGUCUCUUCAAGCAGUACUGGCGCGACCCGUCGUACUACUAUGGAAAGCUCUUCGUCAGCGUGAUCAUCGGUAUCUUCAACGGUUUCACCUUCUGGAUGCUGGGCAACUCCAUUGCCAGCAUGCAAAACCGGAUGUUCUCGAUCUUCUUGAUCAUCCUGAUCCCGCCCAUUAUCCUGAACAGUGUCGUCCCCAAGUUCUACAUCAACCGUGCGCUCUGGGAGGCCCGCGAGUACCCCAGCCGUAUCUACGGCUGGUUCGCCUUCUGCACCGCUAGCAUCGUCUGCGAAAUUCCCAUGGCCAUCGUUUCCGCCCUCAUCUACUGGCUGCUGUGGUACUACCCCGUCGGGUUCCCGACCGACUCCAGCAGCGCCGGCUACGUCUUCCUCAUGACCAUGCUGUUCUAUAUGUUCCAGGCCAGCUGGGGCCAGUGGAUCUGCGCCUUUGCGCCGUCCUUCACCGUUAUCUCCAACGUCCUCCCCUUCUUCUUCGUCAUGUGCAACCUGUUCAACGGUAUCGUCCGCCCGUACAAGGACUACCCCGUCUUCUGGAAAUACUGGAUGUACUACGUCAACCCGGUGACCUGGUGGCUGCGCGGCGUGAUUUCCAGCGUCUUCCCGUCCGUGCAGAUCGACUGCGCCUCCCAGGAAGCCACCCACUUCAACCCGCCGCCCGGCCAGACCUGCCAGCAGUACGCCGGCAACUUUGUCUCCAACAUCGCCGGCGUCGGCUACCUCCUCAAUGGCGACGCCACCGAAGACUGCCAGUACUGCCCCUACAGCAACGGCUCCGAGUACAUGCAGACCCUCAACGUCCACGACGGCGACAAGUGGCGCUGCUUUGGCAUCUUCCUCGCCUUUGUCAUCAUCAAUUGGCUCCUCGUCUACUUCUUCAUCUACACCGUGCGUGUCCGCGGCUGGUCCUUUGGCAUUGGCUAUGUGUUUGGCUUGAUCGGGGCACUGCUCGAUGGGGUGAAGAAGCUUUUUACUAGGAAGUCUGCUAAGGAGCAGAAAUAA